AAGGCGUAGUCACGUGACUUCUUUGUGUGCUGUGUACGCCGCGUGUGAGUCAGUGUAAAAAUUAAGUGACUCCGAAUGCAGUUUUCUCAACACCAGUGCUCAAAACAUCAGGAUAAAUUUUUCAGAAAGCGAAAUUAAUCUUCGCUGAAUGCGUUGGGCUAUAUUUUGGAUAUGCUGUUUUAGUAUUUUGUGCAUAAGAAAGAGAUUUCUUACGGCCUAGUCGGGUCGAUGCUUACAAUGCCUAUGGCAAUUGUGGGCCAAAGGCACGCAAGGCAAAUGAUGGCAUUUUCGGGACACUCGGCCCCCGUUCCUUCGCAACAUGCUAUCUUGACCGCCGCCGUGGCAGUCCCUUUCUAUCAAGUCGUGCCCCCACAGGAUAUACAGCCGGAUAGACCCAUCGGAUAUGGAGCAUUUGGAGUUGUUUGGUCAGUCACAGACCCAAGGGAUGGUAAACGUGUUGCUCUGAAGAAAAUGCCAAGCGUCUUCCAGAACAUGGUCUCGUGUAAGCGCGUGUACAGGGAACUGAGAAUGCUCUGCCAAUUUAAACAUGACAAUGUAUUAUCAGCUCUUGACAUUUUGCAGCCACCACACAUCGACUUCUUCCAAGAAGUAUAUGUUUUGACACCGCUUAUGCAAAGUGACCUCCAUAAAAUCAUCGUAUCUCCACAGCCAUUAACAUCUGACCAUGUAAAAGUCUUUCUCUACCAAAUACUCAGAGGUAUAAAAUAUUUACAUUCUGCACGAGUCAUCCAUAGAGACAUUAAGCCUGGGAAUCUUCUAGUCAACAGCAACUGCGUAUUAAAAAUCUGUGACUUUGGUCUGGCCCGAGUUGAGGAGCCCGAUGAGUCUGUACACAUGACCCAGGAGGUGGUCACUCAGUACUAUCGGCCACCAGAGAUUCUCAUGGGCACCAAACACUACACAGCCAGCAUUGACAUCUGGUCUGUGGGCUGCAUCUUCGCUGAACUGCUGGGCCGCAGAAUCCUCUUUCAAGCUCAAACACCCAUCCAGCAGCUGGAUCUCAUAGUUGAUCUCCUUGGCUCACCAACGCUAGAAGAGAUGCGGUCAGCGUGUGAGGGGGCUAAGGCUCACAUCUUACGUAGCGCCCAUCGGCCCCCCUCACUCGCCGCCCUGUACACACUCUCCAGUCAGGCCACACACGAGGCGGUGCACCUGCUGUGUCGCAUGCUCAUGUUUGAUCCAGACAAACGAAUCACCGCAGCUGACGCACUGGCACACCCGUACUUGGACGAAGGUCGGCUACGAUACCAUUCCUGCAUGUGCACAUGUUGUCACAACGUGGGCGGGACAGUGCGACACUACACGCACGAGUUUGAGCCCAUCUGCAAGGAGCCAUUCAGAUAUGACUUUGAGGAUGACCUUACAUCAGUUUUCAAGGUCAAAGAAAAGCUACAUAAGUUCAUUUUGGAACAGCAGAAGACGAAUAACCGAGUUCCACUUUGCCUUAACCCCAGCUCCAUAUCAUUCAAAAACUUUGCAAAUUCUCAGGUUGCCCAACCCUCCGAACUACCCCCUUCACCGCACGUGUGGGAAUGAGGCACAGGAUCUCACCAAUGCCAAAUUAACACAAACCUUGUACAAAAACACCAACAUUUUACUACUCUUGACCAAGAGCAACUGAAACGAACACUGUUCAAGAACAGGGCCUGUCCUAGGACAUGGCUUUAGAAUUGCGCUUAAAGCUUGUGGACCAAUACUUCAAUCCAUUCUCCCAGCACAUGAUUUUCGAAACGUUUUACAUAUAUGGCAAUUGCUUUUAUGCACACCAACAACCGCAAAUGCACACAAGAUUUUUUCAGAUACUGCCAUUUUUGUUGAGUACAAUGUUUGAAUUUCAUCGAAGAAGAAGAGUUACAAAAUGCAGUUUAGAGGCACUCUGUGGACAAAUAUUUGUCAACUUUAUCGUGAUAGAUGUGGUAAUCAUUCAAUGUUAUCAUUCUUGUCACAUAUAUUUGUGUGUUUAACUCUUAGGCAUAUUAAUCAUUUUAUAGAAUAGUAUACAUAGCUUAGAUUCAUUUGAAAAUAGUCAAACAAGGUAGAUCAUUUUCUUACACAAACUAAUAUUUACUAAUUCCUAUCAUGGUGCUGUGUUUAGACUUUUCAUCGUACCCACAGAAUGUGAUUUCUUUUAAUGUUAAUCAUUUUGUGUUAUUUUCACCAAGUAAUGUGUUAAACUUGCAAAUUGAGGACUGGAGUGUGGUUAAGAGUAAAGCAAUGGACAAUUUGCUUUUCCAUGUUCUUUAAUAACUGUCUUUUACAACAGUGUAUAGAGAUCUCAGCAUAGAUGGUCUGUUAAAAAAGUACUAUGUUUGACUGAUACCAACCAUACAUAUGUAUUUUUAUGAUUUAAAGUAGAAUAAUCAAUUAUGCAGGGUUUGAACAUAUGUAAAUAAAAAUGCCCAAAUAUGUCAAUGGUUUGUUAGUUCAAGUUUAAUCAAAUUUAAAAAGAGUAAAUGAAUUUCUAUUUUUUGAAGAAGUUAAAUGAAGUAAAACAAUUACUAUUGUAAACCAUGCUGCAAAUGUCAUGUAUUGGGAGUUGUUAUGGUAUACAUGAUUGAUUUAUUAAAAAUCUAUGUAGUAACUGAUGUGAAAUUGUAUAAAGAAGUGAUAUACUUGGUUAGUUUCUUGUCAUAUUUUAAGAUCUGUAAUUUAGCAGCCAAUCUAUAUUCAUCAAUUUCAUGUACAAACUAAUAGUAACGACUAAACAUAAGGGAUAUAUUAAAGUUACAAAGCACAUCAGUUAAGUGUCAGCUGUUCGCACAUUACAGACAUCUGUCUCCCAUUAGCCAUUUUCACUUGAUUGUGUAUAUGUAUUUUUAUUACUAAAUGACUAACGAUACAAGCUUAAUUUGUACUUUUAUUGACAAUCUGCCACAGGGCAGUAACAACUUACCAUAAAACUCUUUGGCUAUAUUUGUGUAAGACUUGUGUAGAUUUUCUAAUAGGACUAGUAGUUGGUUGGAAAUGAUGGCAGCUGUUUAGCUGUAUAAAUGUACUGACGGACAUGCUUAUUUGGAAAAUCUGGAAUGAAGCAACAGAAUGGGUAGCAUUUAUGUAAAUGGAUAUCUCUUUGAAUCUCAGGGUCUAACUACAAACAUGCAAGUAUAUUUGCAGGCCUCGUGUGUGCUGAUGUAUGACUUGCAUGUACUCUCGAAUCAAAAGCUAUACAAGAAUGACAGCCUUUCUUUUGAAGAAUGAUGAGAACUUAUUGCAAACUAACUUUUAAAUGUAUAUUAGUUUUUAAGACAUUAUGUGACACAAAGCAUGUUAGACUAGUUGAAUCAGAAAAAUGUGUUUAUAACAUCGAUAUUUGGAUACAAAAUAAUACUAUGAUUGAACAAUAUCCAUGCUUAGUUUAUAAUUAUUGUAAAUGCAACAAGGCCAGUAUACUUCUGCAAAAGUUUGUUUGCUUAGCUAUAAAAGGCUUCAGACUCUUUAAAAUAUAACAUGAUGAAACAUGUUUGUUGAGGGUAAAAGAUAAUAAAUAUUUUAAAUGUUGCUUUUUUUCUGUGUGUUCUAUUUAUAAGAAGCUUUCUGUAUUAGUGUUAAUUGAUGGUCAAGUAACAGACUGACAUAAUAAAUGACUAUUAUUAUUGUGUUGUUCAACUUGCAUGAAUCAGGAUAUUUUGCUUCAUCAACUAGUUUGUAGUUAUUGAUUAAUAACAGUAACAUCAAAAGUAAUUACAAAAGAAGUAAAUCACAUGUUAUAAGAUGUUGAAUUUUAAUAGUUCCUUAGUUAAUGGCUGUUAAUAUGACGAUAACAAGUAAUUUCAAUAAUUUCAAACAAAGAACUGGGAGAAGCAUAGAUCAGUGAUUUGGUUUGCUGUGAACACUUGCAUGUGUUGAAACAAUAUCAACAAUGUUCUGACCUUUGGUUGUUGCUGUAUGUCAUGUUCAUUAUAUUGUGUGGUUAUUCAUGAAACUCAAGGUACAAAUGUAUUUCAUGCUAGAUUGUAAAUAAUAAGUUGUCGUAGGUUAAACAUGGAAUCAAGGUUUUAAAGCUGUGAUAAUGAUAGAAACUUAACCACGUCUAAUGAAAUGUUCUGAUCAAUUCAUGUACUAAUUUUCAUCUUCUAAUUUGCAUUGUAAUUUGCAUUGUAGGACAUCAUUUUUGAUAUGUUAUGGUGAAAGAUUGCGUGUUUUUUUAAGAAAGGACCACCAAAGAUAUAAAAUGAAAUUAUAGUGAAAUUUAAUUGCAUGUAUGUAGAUAAAAGAAAUAUGAAAUUUAGUUUGUAUGAUAAAUGUACGUUUUUAUUUUGGAAUAUAUACAAACAACUUAAUAUUUCAGCUCUUGAAAAUGGUAAAUGUAUCAGAUAAUGUAAGAAAAAUUUAUAUUUAUAAAGUAAUUGAUAGAAAUGAUUUUUUUUUGCGCGCACACAUAAUGUAUAUAAAGCAAAUAUGGAAUACCAAUUUAUCUGUUAAAUUACAAAUUGCUAUUUUAUAGUUUCACAUGGUGUUUUGCCUGCUUGGUGUUUUUCCCUAUGUUUGUACAUAUUUGUGUAUCCAUGUUAGCACUUUCUGCUUGUGAUUGUUAGCUAUACAGUGUAUCCACAUUUUUGUUUGAUAUAUAUUAAUAUUUUUGGUAUUGUAGUAUUGCAUACAAGAAAUGCACCUUUUGUAUCUUUAUACUUUGUACAUACUCUGCAUGCAUGCUUACUUUUUUAUCUUUGUGUCCAUAAUAGAUUUAUGCAAAGUAUUAUAUAAUUAUAUUUCAAUAUCAAGAACUUCUAAUCCUUAAAACAAACACACAGACAUACAAAAAAUGUCGACAUUUAUAUACAACAUAUGAUUUGGCUAUAAAAAAAAAAAAUCACUCAUGGAAGUUGGUCAAUGAUUUUGAAUUAAUUAGUAUUUUUUUUUAAAGUUUUGCAAGUACUGGUUUAGUGGUAGGGUUUAAAUAUGGAUAAGUUUGUAAAUACUUUUUCACUGCAGGUAGCAGUUUAAUUGGUUGGUGUUUUGUGGGAUUUUUCUAAUUGAUAUAGAUAUAUGUAUCCUAGCAAAGUGUAGAUGUGUGCAGCUGCAUAUCCUUGUGUCAUUGAGUCGUGUUCUGAGAAAACUGGGCAUAAUGCAUGUGCAUAAAGUGUUGUCCCAGAUUAGCCUGUGCAGUCCACACAGGCUAAUCAGGGAAGACACUUUCAGCUUUUACGACAUUUUUAGUUUGAAUGAAGUCUCUUUUUAGCAAAAAUCCAAUUGCGGACUGCACAGGCUGAUCUGGGACAACACUUUACGCACAUGCAUUAUGCCCAGUUUUCUCAGAACGCGACUCCAUUAAUCAUAGUUAAUAUAGAUUGGUGAUUUUGUAUUGUGGCCUGCCCCUCUCAUUCAUUAAUCUUGUUGUUUGUAUUUGUGCAUAGUCUUUUUGAUAUUCUUUGUGGUCUCUUUCCCCACCCAUGGAGUGUGAGGCAUUACAAAUUGCCCUUGUCUGUCCGUAAAUCCUGAAGCGUGUGUUUUACUCUCCAUUUUCACAGUUUAAUGACCAGUAUGUGUAGUUUAAAGAUAAGAAAGGAAUUUUUACAUUGUGGCACUGUGUAUGUUUUUCUAUUUUAGAAAACACGGUUCCAAAAUUAUAUGUGUUCAACUUCUGGUAGUGUUUUGCAGAUUUUGGUCACACUUUCACAGCUGAAUGUUUAGAUGAUUGUUAUAAAAGAAAUGUUGAGUAUAUCCAGUUUUUUACCAUUGUCUUUUUGUCCCCAGUAGAGUUUAUUGAUGUCCAAUGAUGCAUUGUGUGGGGCAUCAGUGUCUGUGACACAUUACUAGUAUUUUUCUGUACAGAGAUGUAAAAAAUAAAUAAUGUCAUUCCAAAAUUAUUAUUGUAAAUACUCUGUGAUUUUCUUGUUUUCUGGAGUGUUCUUUAAGUUAUACUAGCACGUAGGGUAUAUGUAUUUAUACAGUGUAAAUGAGCAAUAUUGUAACGUUUUUUUUUAACUUUUUGUGGUGGAUCAAUGCACAUAAAAAGGGUUGAGUGAUCAUUCAGUUUCAACUUUACAACACUCGGUCACCUUCAAAAGGUGCAUCAUUCACAUUGGAAAUGUUUGCUUCUAUCAUUACAAUGGAAUCAUGCAUAAGUACUUUGUGCAAAUAGUACGAAAUGGAAACUGAUUUCAUGAAUUAUCACCAUUUAUUAAAUGUGCAUUUGUACUUCUGUGAAACACUUGUAUAAUUGUUGUUCAGAGUAGAAAAUAGAAUUUUGUAAGCAGAAAAAUCAUUCUUGCAGCAUGUACAGCAUGUAAAAUGGAGCAUUGUGUUAGUUGAUAAGAUCAGGAAUGAUUAAAAUGUGAACUGUUCAGAAGUAAUGUAAGACAACCCAGUCUCAGGGUUUUAGUUAGCUGCUUAUGAGUUGUCCCCUUUGAAUCAACAGUUGAUUAUAAUCAUAUGAGCAGUGCUCUGUGGAAAGGAUCUUUAAUGCAAGUGCAUAAAGUGUUGUCCCAUAUUAGUCUGUGCAGUCCGCAGAGACUUUCUGUAAACCAAAAAUACCAUACAAGCGGAAAGUGUUGUCCCAGAUUAGACUGUGCAGUCCGCAGUACAGAGACUUUCUGUAAACCAAAAAUACCAUACAAGCGGAAAGUGUUGUCCCUGAUUAGCCUGUGCUUACUGCACAGGCUAAUCUGUGAAGACAGCUUAUGCUCAUGCAUUAAACCCCAUUGUCACAGAGCACAGCUCAUAUAUUUCGUUUUCUUCCUUUAUUGGAACAGUAGUGAGGAUAUAAUAUAUGUGAUUUCUAGAUAGUGCAUGAUUUGCUAUUGUAUUGAUCAUUGUUCUUUAAUAUUAAAGAAAGGGACACCGCAGAUGCUUGAAGAUGUUCAAUGAAUGUUAAAUAGGUGUCAUAAAAUGUAUUAGAGUGUAUAAGUAAGAACUUAUUUGUAUUUGCAGUGCACAUUGGUUUGAGUGUUUGGUGGUGCUUAUUUUGUUUUGAUGAACCUGGCAAAAUUUUAGUCAUUUUAUGGAGGAAAAAGCAUUUUAGUCUUCAGAGAAAUAAAGUAUUUUGUUUUUGACUCUUAACAAUAUUGUUAAAAGACUUUUAAAUUUGAGAGGUUAAGCCACCUUUUUACUGGAAAUAGUUUUAGUUUUAGCCCUGGUGUUCGAUCAAUAUGGUGGUGUCAGUGUUUUCUGUUUGGAAGAGAGUUUAUAAAAACCUAUUCAGAAACUUUUACCAAUUUCUUGUGUCUUUGUUUAUUAAUGAUGUCUAUAUUUUGGGUUUUGUUUUUAUCACUUGCUAGUUUCUAACCGGUUAGAUCAGUAUAAUUUUGUGCCCAGAGAUAGUGUGUAAUUUUGUGGGUAAGAUAUAGUCCAUUAACUGCCUAUUUGUGUGUUCGUGUGUGGUAAUUCUCUUGUUUUAAUUCUGCAUUUAUGUAUUAUUCCAAAUGUUGUGCACACAAACUAUUUGAAAAAAGAAAUAAGUAUUCUGUAUGUACUUCAUUCAUUGAAAAUCAAAACAAAUCAUUGCAUGUGAAUCAGAACGCUUGAUUAACAAACAUCAAACAAUUAUUGAGAAAUAAACUAAAUAUAACUCAAAAUUGUUUUGUGUUUUAUUUCUCAAGCUUCAUUGUGCUUACAUUUAUCAUCAUAUUUGUGUCAAUUUUGUUCACCAGCAGACAUUGUGAAGGCUACAAAAACUGCAUGAAAAAUUAUUGUCAUUCUGUUUUUCUUGACAUACACUUUAAAUAUUUGCAAUAAAAUGUAACAAAAUAAA